UAUUUGGUGCCGUUUGUCCCAACAGUCAGCACCCUUUUACCUUUUCUUAAAACAAAAUAGUUUCGGUAAAUUCAAAGUGGUGAAGCAACUUGAGAGGAACAUCAAUUGUUUUCUAUCCGAAAUUUUCUCCAUCGAACAGCCCAAUAACCCGAGUUGCUGUAAAAAAAGGAGUUUAAAAAAAUCAGGGCCGUGAAGGUCGGAAACAAGCUAUCCAACCAUAUCUUUAUGACCUAGAUCUUUCAAGAAAAUGGAGGAAAUCCCCGAAUUCACUUAGCAACGCUAAACCCAACAAACAAGACAGGUGAAAUGGUUUCCUGCCAUCUUCAAACGCUAAGGGUCCAGAAGAAUUUCUGGGAAUCUCGCUCGUGUCUGCAGAACACAAGAGGGUGAUGUUUUCAGCUUCUUGGGCGGCUACUUCUGAAAUUGCAAACUCUUCUUUAAAAAAAAAAACAGCUGGGUAACCACACUUUGCAGUUGGUGGAAAUACAGUUGGUCUUCCGCAUUUCUUCGUGAUCGACUCUAAAUUUAUUACCCAGCGUAUUUUCCUGUGAUUUAUAUAAACUGGGAGGCUCCAUCUCGGCGUCCAUCUUCAUGUUUCCGGGAUUUCUGGAAAGGGUGGAGGUUUUUUUGUGUGUGUCCUUCCAGACUGUGCGUACCUCACCUGUUGGAGAGCCACUGGCUCUGAGGACAAACGCGAGGAUUAAAAGAUGACAAGGCUUCAUAUUAUCACUGAGAUUUGACUUUGUUUUUACUCCUCCUGUGUGUGUGUUUUCUUCAAAUUGUGUUUCCUCGGACAUGGGUUAGAAUAGACACACCCUACAGUACCGCAUUUAUAAAGUAACAAUACAGCGCAUCCGCUCCCCAGCCGCCCUGCUGGAUCAGGUGUGCUGUAAGGGUUCUGUUCUGCAAAGGCUUGGAAAGACUACGGGGGUGGCGACCCAUCCAGUCCACCUGCAACAAUGAGGCAGUAUCUCAAGGUCAAGAAAAUAUACCUUCUUUGCAUCCCUAUUGUACUUUUCAUCGCCAGCUUUGGGCCUGUGUCUGUCAGGUUCUUUGAAGGGUUCAUUCCCAUGGAAAAGUGCAUUUUGCCUCCUGGGACAAAAUUACGACCUGAAAAUGAUGUUGACAAUUCCCUAGAUCUGUGGUCCAGGACAGACGUCCAGACAUGCACGUACUGGAGAGCUCCAGUCAUCUGGGACGGCAUGUUUAACCCGGAAUACUACGAUGUGUUUUACAGAAAGCAAAACACCUCUGUUGCAUUGACCGUAUUUGCUGUUGGCAAGUACCUGGACACCUACCUCAAGGACUUCCUCACCUCUGCAGAGCGUUACUUCAUGGUGGGUUUGCGAGUGACCUACUACAUCUUCACGGACGAUCCCACGAAGGUCCCGCAGGUCGCGCUGGCCCCAGGGCGGGAAGUCGUCACCCUGCAGGUGGAGCGGCACAGGCGCUGGCAGGACAUCUCCAUGAUGCGGAUGAAGUCCAUUGCCGACACCAUCGAGUCGCAGGUGCGCCACCGGGCCCAGUACGUCUUCUGCCUGGACGUGGACCAGGUCUUCGUGGGUCGGUUCGGCACGGAGGCCCUGGGGGAUUCUGUGGCGCUGAUGCACGCCUUCUUCUACCGCACCCCGAAGUUCAGGUACACCUACGACCAGAACCCCAAGUCGGAGGCCUUCAUGGAGAAGGGCGACAUCUACUACCACGCUGCUGUCUUCGGGGGCACAUGGCAGAAUGUGAAGCGCCUGACCGAGAGCUGCUACAAGGGUAUCAUGAAGGACAAGGAGAACCAGGUGGAGGCGCUCUGGCAUGACGAGAGCCACUUAAACAAGUACUUCUGGAUCCAUAAGCCAACAAAAGUUCUCUCCCCUGAGUACUGCUGGGCGCCAGAAAUCGGCUAUCGCAUGGAUUUGCAUUUUCCCAGGCUUGUCUGGGCUGAGAAGCAUUACAGAGCACUCAGGCAGUAGAUGGAAAGUUCAUUGACUGGGAUCAUUCUCUAUGCACACAGACUUACUCCCUUUCUAUUAUUUAAAUAUUUCUUGAAUGUAUUCUUAUCACGAGUUUCAAAAAAUGGUGGUUAUUCUUCUUUCUCAAUGGGCCUGUUCUACGUUGCAGACCUGUGAGACAGCACUGAUUUUGCUUUUGUGUUUUGUGUUCCCUUUGCAAAACUUGUCAGCGUUAGUACUCAGGAGCCUUGUGGCAUCGGUGUCCCCAAGUGCCUCGUUAUCUCACUUGCCUUUAAAGAUCUUCAUUAAGUAUCUGCGACUCAGGGAGAAAAUGCUGCCUUGUUUCCAUGGCGCUGUGUAAUGUGUAAAAUUCAGCUAUCCUUAAACCCGCCAUUCUCCGUCUUCCACUAUCUGGUAUUUGUGCUAAGACUUGUACAAGGUUUAUUAACAAUCCUUUAUGAUCAAUCAAUUAGAAAUAUCUUUGAAUCCUUCUUAACUUCUGCCAGUUUUGUUUUGAAGUCACAUGCUUACAACCAAUAUUUGGUCUAUAUGGUCCUUUGUGCAACUCUGGAUAUUUCAACUGAUGCUUGACAAGGGUGAGCCAAAACAGAUCUCCUGGCAUUUACAGUACUCUUCAAGUGGUGCCAGCCAAACAGGUGCAAGAGAAGCUCUUUGAAGAUGUUAAAUGAAAUUGUUAACUGUUUCCUGAAGUCCCUGUGAAUAGUGGUAAGAACAUAGUGCUCAGCAAUGCUCUCGAAGAUACAGAAGGUAGUGUUCUUGACCUAUGUAUGACUUUCAGUGGAUCCUGUUUCUGCCCAUAAUAGACAAAUUGUGGAUCAUAGCGUCCAUCAUAAGUAUGUCCUUCAGGAAUUCAGUUUAACUUUGAAAUUGAUGCCAGUAUCAGCAAGAUUAUGAGGCCUGGUCUGGAAAUUAUGCAUGAAUAACGAUUGAAAACAUUGCUUGAGACCGAAUGUAUCACAUUAAUUUUAGAUAUAUGUCAAAGGCUAGUUGAUAUAUUCUUGCAAUACCUGUAUUUUUUUUACCAGUGUUAAGAUUUAUUCGUUAAGUUAUAGAAGUGUUCUGCAAAGCAUAAGUAAUUACAAACUCAAUUGUGUGCACCAUGUUGUUCACCAGUUAAUUAUAUUUCUUAAACUGUAGUUAUUUUGAUUCUAUAUUACUUAGUAGAUCAGUAUUUAAGUAGGAUUUUACUGAAGACAUUCAGUGCUUUAAAAAUAUGAGAAUGGCAUAUAUCCGCUGAAGAGAGAAGGCAAGAAACUGCAUUUUAUUAGGCUUUUAAACAUACUGUAGCUCUAGUAAUCUCUAUCUUGGAAGAUUUUUCUUUUUGUUUCUUCCAAGCUUUCAGGCUGCCUCUAGUUGAGCUUUGUGUAGCCAGAUGUAAUGUUCCAGGUGAAAUGUUAAGAACAUGCCAGAUUAAGAUUUGUUGCAAGUUUAUAUGCUGAUAUUUAUAUUCACACUGGUCAUCACAUGCUGAUUUGUGAAAGACCGACCCAGUUCCAUAAAUGUCAAGCCAAAUAGUUCUGAAGCUGGUAGACCCAAAAUAUAGUGAAAUGAGGUCCCCAUAUAAGUCAUAAUGGUCACCCGACUGCAGUAUCAUUCUCAUAUUUAAACUAGACUCUUUUCAAAAACAGCUUAAGGAUUUAACUCCAAAUUGAACACAUCUUCUCUGUCACAAUUCUUGCAUUCACAUUUCUGGAAUAUGAUACAUAUCAUCACGGGCAGCUACUGAUUGACACCUGAAAAGAAAUUUGCAGCUUCGACAGCCAAGAUGGUGACCUGAGCCUCAUUUCCAAAAAGUCUUUUUCGGAAAUGGUCAAGUAUUUGAUUUGAACCUUGGCAGAUAUCUGCAACAUCCUCACCUGCUUCACAUUUCAAUUUGGCUGCAGUUUAAGAGGCUUCUGUUCAAAACGUGUUUAGAUAGUGUAAGAUGACCAGGGGAAGGGUCAUCCAGGACGGGUAUUUCAGGAACGAUCUGCUCAAUAAACUCGACUUAGACCUGAGCAAGAUGGCCGCCAAGAGAAACCAGCUGACCCGCAGAUGGAAAGGGCUCAGUCUGAAAAACAACGAGACACAGGUGUGUCUCAUCAGGAAAAUAUAUAUACCCUGAACAGUGACCUGGCGUGGAAGCCAGUAGGUGAAUGCGUUUUGGAGGAGAUAGUAGAAUCAGGUUGGUGUUGGUAAGGAUUUAAGAAUAACGGAUUAACGGAAGACAUAAAGGAUUACGGUUUACGGUUUGUGAUUUGGAUACGACACGGAUUUGUGGAACUUUACAGACUUUGAAACUCAGACUGAAUAAAGAUUGAGCGAACGGAUUGCGGACUGGCUUGGAAGAUGUACGGACUGGAGAAACAGAGGAAACUCCACAGAAAUUAAAGAAGAGAAGCGUGGUGUGAGUACUUUUGUCUCGGUUACAUAAACCUUUCCCCCGGAGACACCACAAUAGUCAAACCAGUUUAGGUAUUUAUCAUUCUGGCACCUGGGAUAAAUUCAGUUAUACUCGUUUAAAAUGGUAUUCCCGUGCAAACUGGGGUUUAACCAAUUUCUUGUACAGAAAUGUCAAAAUUCCUUUGUUGUAAAAAAGGUUUGUAAGUUUGUGGUAGCAAACUCCAGAUUUUUCAGAUAUCACUCAUGGGGCCAAUACAGCUCAUGUUGUCUAAAACGUGUUACUCUCGGAGGAUAGAAAUGGAAGCUACAGGUUAGCUACCAAAACCAAAUGGUCCCUUCUCAUUCUGUAGCCUUUCUUACAUAUUAAUGGUCUUGCAUAACAAAUGGCUGGUUCUUUACAAUCUUCCUUCCAUUUAAUUUCACAUCACUUUACUACAGUGUGGUACAACUGAAAUUGUCAUUGGUUUUCAUUUGAGAAAAGUGAAUCCUUCAUUUGUCUGUUCUGCUAACAGUAACCAAAUAACAUUAAAUAAUAAUAAACACUA